UCUCUAAGCCUCGCAUUGCUCGGCUCCCUACCCCCUUCCCCCAUCCCUCUAGGGCUGCUACGCAGGCUAAAGUUUGCCAAAGAUGUUUUAAAAUUGUCCAUUUGUGACAACAUUUGUUCCUCCGAUUUUCAUUAGAUCGAUAUUCUUCAUCCCGGCCUCCCUGUGAUGGUACGAUGUCGGUUUCAAAGGCUCUCUCCUUCCCUUUCCAGACUUUUCCCCAGUCUACUCAUUUCCUCGGACAAGAUGGCGGUUCGUCUUCAUCGAUGAGUCUGAAAUCUGUUCGUCACUUUCUCCCUCUGUUCCGAACCUCCUUACUUUGGGCAUGCCGAGCAUCAACUACCACCAUGACAACUUUAGAGACCUUGAACUUUGACAAUCUAGCUCUUCAUUCCCUGCCAAUCGACAGCGAAACACAAAAUGUCAUAAGACAAGUCAAAGAUGCAUGUUUUUCUCUCGUGGAACCGACGUCAGUUAAUAAUCCAACCCUUGUAGCUUACUCACAGGAAGCUCUGUCACUCCUUGAUCUACCGCCAUCUGAGGUGAAAAGACCCGGCUUUGUGCAGUAUAUGAGUGGAAACAAAAUCCUUCCCGGAAGUCAGACUGCAGCUCACUGUUAUUGCGGACAUCAACAGGGGUAUUUCUCGGGUCAGCUUGGAGAUGGAGCUGCGAUGUAUCUGGGUGAAAUAAUUAAUUCCAAUGGGGAAAGAUGGGAAAUUCAGCUGAAGGGAUCAGGUCUGACUCCUUUCUCUAAUCAUAGAGAUGGCCGUAAAGCCUUGAGAUCAUCCAUUCGAGAAUUCCUGUGCAGUGAGGCCAUGUAUCACCUGGGAAUACCAACCACAAGAGCUGGCUGUUGUGUAACCUCAGAUACAUUAAUAGAAAGAGAUAAGGAUUACACGGGGAACGUUUUAAAAGAAAAAGCUUCUCUAGUAUUGCGAAUUGCUCCAACCUUUCUGAGGUUUGGCUCUUUUGAAAUUUUCAAACCACCUGAUCCUGUGACAGGCUAUCAAGGUCCUAGUGCUGGUAGAGCAGACAUUCUUCAUCAGCUGGUAAGCUACACCAUUAAAACCUUCUUCCCUCAAAUCUCUACUGGAGACUUUCAGAGUCCUGAAGAACACUAUCUUGCCUUUUUUAAAGAGUUGACCUUGUUAACUGCUGGCCUUGUGGCCAGUUGGCAGUGUGUUGGAUUUUGUCAUGGAGUGUUAAAUACAGACAACAUGAGCAUUGUUGGUAUCACAAUUGAUUAUGGGCCUUUUGGAUUUCUGGAUUAUUAUGAUCCAAAUUAUAUGAGUCAAGCAUCUGAUGCUAGGAGAAGGAACUCUUUCAAGAAUCAGCCUGAACUUUGCAAAUGGAAUUUGCUCACAUUGGCUGAGGCCAUUCAAGAUGUACUACCUCUACACAAAUCCAGGACUCUGUUAGAAGAUUUAUUUGAUUCGGAAUUCCAAAGGUGUUACAUGGCCAAAAUGAAGUUGAAGCUUGGAUUGUUGAAGAAAGAACUGCCGACAGAUGAGAAGCUAAUCACAGCUCUGUUUGACACCAUGGAGAAAACUGGAGCUGAUUUUACCAACACCUUCCGAUGUCUCAGUGAUUUAACACCAAAGGGGUGUCCAUCGUCGAAAAGCGAUGAAGACAUCAUCGAAUACCUUGUGUCUCAAUGUGUUCCUCUCCAAGGACUAAUCAAAGCGUAUUCGACAGUCCUUGAAUGGAGUCAGAUGAUAGCAAUGUGCAGAGAGGUUUGGAAGUCAAGUCCAAAUGUAAUUUCUCAUAUAGAAAAGGAAGCUGAUAAACAUCUUUUGGAGGAUAAAAGGCGUCGGGACAAAAUUGAACAGCUUAAGGAGUCAACUCAAAAAGGAAAAGAGGAUAACGACCGCGUUCUAUGGACGCAGUGGAUCAGAGCUUACAAAGCUCGUCUUGAUCUGGAAUGCGACCAACUUGAUGCUGAAGAGGUAAACAAAGAACGAGUCAAAGUGAUGAAAGCAAACAACCCAAGGUUCAUUCUUCGAAAUUACAUCGCCCAAAGGGCUAUAGAGGCAGCAGAAAAUGGAGACUUCUCUUUGGUUCAAACAAUUCUGAAACGGUUAAAAACACCUUACAGAGACGAUGUGGAAUUUUACCAAACUACGCUUUACGAAGCAGCAAGUACUUAUUCCUCCUCGUCUUGUAAUAACGAAAAAACAGGGCUGUUCAACUCACCAGAUACAAGGAAAACUAACCUUGAUAAAUUGCCUGAUGAUGCGUUUAAUAUGCGGCUUUCGUGAUCUUCAUAAAUCUUUCGAGAAAUCGUCGGAGAUCCUCGUGGCGGAGUGGCUCCAUCGUCCCUCUCAGUCAAAGCGAUGAAGUGGUAAUAAACUCGUACAUUUAAACAGCGUGUCAAAAUUGACGUCACCGCACGCGGCUCUCAACUAGUCACCAGGCUUUCACAAAGACCUCUUGAGGGUGAUAUUGCGAAAUCAAAACAGUUUUUAGUCUGUCCGCAGCUGUUAUAACGACAACUUGAAGACAACCACCUCAAGUAUUAUGUUACCAUCCUCACCGCCUUGAGAUUGUGUUCGUUUUAUCGUUUUUAGCAGUCCUUGAAAUUUCUCGAGCCCUGGACGAUGAUCAGUUCUGUAUACAAUCUAGACUGGUUUAUCUCUUCCAGUUGUUGACGGUACUAGCAAAAACCAGUAAUUGGCAGUUUGUACCCGAUGUGAAGUAGAUCUGGAAUGAAACAAUACAGUAACAUAUUUUUUAUAA